ACAUUGUUUUGAAAUCGAGCGAUUUCCGAAUCUGAAUUUUAUUUUCUCUUCUCACUUCAAAUCUAUGUGUAAAGGACUUUAGACUUUGUUCGGUUUUUGUUUUUAUUUGAAUCAUUUAAUAAAGUGUUAAAAUUCUCAAACUCGAGAUCUUAAUACAAUGGUGUUAAUCAAGAAAUCAUUUGUUUUGUUUAGUCCUUCGAAAUUAGCAUCCGCAAGAGGAGUAUUGAAUAGGCUGUACUCUUCAAAUGUGGAUGUGCCAAAGUUCGAAACAUUGGCCGUGUCUGUGCCAAGCAAGAAUGUAUUCCAUGUUGAAUUGAAUAGACCCAAACAGCUAAACACUUUCAGCAAAAUUAUGUGGAAGGAACUAGGAGUAUGCUUUUCUUCCCUAAACGAUAAUCCAGAAUGCAGAGUCAUAGUGUUGUCUGGUCAAGGAAAACACUUUUCUGCAGGCAUAGAUUUUAACAGUCUCCUAGAAGAAACAAGCAAAGCAGAAGAAUUUGACGACGUUGCACGAAAAGCCAAGGUGCUUAAUGCGUUAGCUACUUACUGUCAGGACAGUAUCUCGUCUCUAGAGCUCUGUUUGAAGCCGGUGCUAGCUGUAGUUCACAACGCGUGCAUUGGUGCCGGUGUCGACCUCAUCACUGCUGCAGACAUGAGAUACUGCACGCAAGACGCGUGGUUUCAAGUAAAGGAAGUGGAUCUAGGUCUCGCAGCCGACGUAGGCACUCUACAGAGGUUGCCUAAGGUAGUGGGCAAUACAUCAACAGUGAGGGAAUGGUGCUUCACAGCCAGAAAGGUGCAAUCAAAGGAGGCCUCUGACUUAGGACUCGUCACCCAAGUGUAUCCAGACAAAGACACUGCACUACAGCAAGUUCUGGAAAUAGCGAAGUCCAUAGCUUCGAAGAGUCCAGUCGCCGUUCAGAUGACUAAGAAAUCCCUGGUCUACUCGCAAAGUAGACCGAGCCAAGAGGGACUAGAACAUAUUAAACUAAUAAACCAAACAAUGCUGCAAAGCGAGGACCUGAAGAAAGCUGCAAUGGCGACUGCGACGAAAACAGAAACUGAAUUUGAUAAUUUAUAAACUACUUAAACCCGAUUUUGUCUGUGUUAAAUAAAAUUAUGUUUAAUUUAACUUUCACUUCACUUUAUGCGGGUUGUUAAGAAGACUUUUUUUACUUAUUCAUACUGCGUUAAUCAAAGAUUUUAUACUAUAGAUGUGUUACUAAAGUGGCUAAUUGUCGUAAUUUAAUUUAGUCGCAUUGUAAACAACGAAAGUUAUUGAAAUAAAUAUUACUUAAAUAUUGUCUACAACUCCAACUUCUCAGUUGUGUGCAUUUUAAGAAAUUAUAUAUCACAUGUCUCAAACGGUGAAGGACAACAUCGUGAGGAAACCUACAUACCAGAAAAUUUCUUAAUUCUCUGCGUGUGUGAAGUCUGCCAAUCCGCAUUGGGCCAGCGUGGUAUUGGCCUAACCCCUCUCAUUCUAAGAGGAGACUCGAGCUCAGCAGUGAGCCGUUUAUGGGUUGAUAACGACGAACAAACGACUGUCUACAAUGUCGAGUUGCGUGUUCAGGAAAUAUAAAAAGUAUAUAUACAUAAAUAUUUUUAUGUAAACACAAAAAUGUGCAUGUGUGCGCUCAGUGGAGUAGCUAAAUUCGGAUUAUUGUGGUGAUUUUGUAGGCAUUUAACAUAUCUAAUAGUAGAAAAUCUUUGGCUUCAAUCCAUAUUAUAACUGCCUAGUUCGCACUAUAGUUUGCCUAUAUGAUAUGGCACUACAUAGAUGGAAAAAUACACUGCCUACCCUGAAGAUACAAUGAUACAAAUAUAUCCUCUGUUGAUAUAGUAAUUUUCUUUUAUUUUUUUAAGUUUAUUUAAAGUGCAUUCACAAAUUAAACCUACUUGUACAUACCACUGCCUACAUGGCUUCAUAUUAUAUAGCCCUGGGUUCGAGUCCUGAGUCUCUUUUGAGUAAAUAUUCUGGCAUACUUAUUUUCCAACGUUAUUAGUAUUCAGUAUUUCGUCGAUGCUACUAACUUAAAAUAAAUGCCUUUUUAAAAACCCGUAUAAAGUCCAAAUUAUAAUAUUUUGACGCUAUUUUUAGAUAGCUUUUUUUUUAAUUUAUAUUAAAAAUACAUACAUAAAAAAAAUUUAAAAGUAAAAUAAAUUCAUUUAACAUUUUUUUGUUUAUUUUAUACUAGCUAACGUCGCGCGGUUUCACCCGCGUGGUUCCCGUUCCCGUAGGAAUACAGGGAUAAUAUAUCCUAUAGCCUUCCUCGAUAAAUGGGCUAUCUAACACUGAAAGAAUUUUUCAAAUCGGACCAGUAGUUCCAGAGAUUAGCGCGUUCAAUCAAACAAACAAACAAACUCUUCAGCUUUAUUAUAUUAGUAUAGAUAUUAUGUAAUAAGACUAAGAAUAAUUAAUAAAUAUAUUAUAUUGUAUACAAAUGUAAUUUUGUUUAACACAUUUUAGUAUUAUUAUAGUCUAAGGGACAGUGGUUUGAGUUCUUUAUAUGUAAUAAAUUCAUAUAAUUGGUUUGAGGUAUCUAAGUGUAACUUUGAAUAAAUUAAACUUAUAAUUGCAUUUAUGAUCAUAAAAUGAUUAACUCCUAUUGAAUUUUUUAACCUAAUAUGACAAGAAAUGUAAUUGUUUUAUAAGAAAUUAUGUAAGUGUUUAAUAAUUCUCUAGUUUUGGUGCAAAGUGGAUAUUCUUAUAUUAUACAACUUCAUAUAUUAUAUACAUAUUUUGAAAUAAAUGUAUUUUGAAAAAUA